GUGAAUGCUCCUCAUACAUAAGCUGAUUCUCAGCAGUCUAUCGGCCCGUUCCGCUUUCUCCCCCUUCUACCAGCAUGUCUACUACCAUGCAGUAUGUUCGUCUGGGCAACUCAGGCUUAAAAGUGUCUAAGAUCAUCCUGGGUUGUAUGUCUUAUGGGAGCGCAGAAUGGCAGCCGUGGGUCCUGACGAAGGAGCAAGGGAUCGAGCACAUCAAGGCUGCCUACGAUGCAGGCAUCAACACGUUCGACACGGCAGAUACAUAUUCCAAUGGUCUCUCUGAGGUUAUUCUGGGCGAAGCAAUCAGGACCCACAACAUUCCCCGAGAGAAAAUUGUCGUGUUAACAAAGGUAUACGGCGUCGUUGGAGAUACUCCAAAUGUCAGCCUCUUCGGUGAUCCUAAAGCUGAUUCCGAGGGAUACGUCAAUCGUCACGGCCUGAGUCGCAAGCACAUUUUUGACGCUAUAAAGGGAAGCUUGGAACGUCUUCAGCUCGACUACAUUGAUGUGCUGCAAUGCCAUCGAUUCGAUUACCAGACCCCAAUCGCCGAGACGAUGCAAGCUCUCCAUGAUGUUGUCAAGGCUGGUUAUGUUCGCUACAUCGGGAUGUCUUCAUGCCAUGCAUACCAGUUUCAUGCGAUGCAAAACUAUGCUAUUCAAAAUAACCUCACACCAUUUAUCUCCAUGCAAAAUCACUACAACCUCGUUUAUCGGGAGGAAGAGAGAGAGAUGUUUCCCACACUCAAGAUGUUUGGCGUAGGCUCGAUGCCUUGGUCACCUCUUGCGAGGGGGAAACUGACGAGGCCGAUGUCUGAACAGAAAGCUACUCGGCGUGGAGAGGUGGACAAAGUCCUGAGCAGAUACGCCGGGUCUGAGUCGACUGAUGCAAUUGUCGACAGGCACGUAAUUUUAAUAGCUGACAGGCUUUAUCAGGUUGACAUCCUUGCUAAAAAGAAAGGUAUUUCGAUGGCGCAGCUUUCAAUUGCUUGGUUACUCAGCAAAGAAGGCGUGACAGCGCCCAUCGUGGGUACAACAUCUGUGGAGAAUCUGACGCAACUGAUUGUUGCCGUUCAACUAGGCGCGAUACACAUCACACUUACUGAAGAGGAUAAGAAGUUUUUGGAAGAACCAUAUCAGCCUUUGCCCAUUGUCGGUCAUUCUUGA